CUGAGCGUGCGUCAAAGCCGACGCACGCGCCGUAAAUCGUCGGCGGCGGGCACUAGCGUCGUGAAACGGGCCAGAGCCUGCGCAGACUUGGAAAACUUAGGCGGACGUCAGAAUGGCGGGCACUGGGCUGGUGGCUGGCGAGGUAGUGGUGGAUGCGCUGCCGUAUUUUGACCAAGGUUAUGAAGCGCCCGGUGUGCGGGAAGCGGCUGCGGCGUUGGUGGAAGAGGAAACUCGCAGAUACCGACCUACGAAGAACUACCUGAGCUACCUGACAGCGCCGGACUAUUCUGCUUUUGAAACCGACAUAAUGAGAAAUGAAUUUGAAAGACUGGCUGCCCGACAACCAAUUGAACUGCUCAGUAUGAAACGGUAUGAACUUCCAGCCCCUUCUUCGGGUCAAAAAAACGACAUCACCGCGUGGCAAGAGUGUGUGAACAAUUCCAUGGCCCAGUUGGAGCAUCAAGCAGUUCGGAUUGAGAAUCUAGAACUCAUGUCACAGCAUGGAUGCAACGCCUGGAAAGUAUAUAAUGAAAAUCUAGUUCAUAUGAUUGAACAUGCACAGAAAGAACUUCAGAAGUUAAGGAAACAUAUUCAAGAUUUAAACUGGCAGCGGAAGAACAUGCAGCUCACAGCUGGAUCUAAAUUAAGAGAAAUGGAAUCAAACUGGGUGUCCCUGGUCAGUAAGAAUUACGAGAUUGAAAGGACUAUUGUGCAGUUAGAAAAUGAAGUCUUUCAGAUGAAGCAGCAGCAUGGAGAGGCCAACAAAGAAAACAUCCGACAAGACUUCUGAGAAGACGGAUGAUUCUGUGGAUCGAAAGGACGGCGGCUGGGCUUCUCCAGACCAGACACUGUCUGUGAAGGACGACAUCACCUUACGGAAACCGCCGGCAGUGUUUAAAAGCAGUAAACAGUGGACCGUUAAUAUUCCCUUUGUACAUUAACAGAACAAAAAAGUUCAACUCAGUGGUAUUGUUUGUCAUUACAAAAAAUUUUUUCAGAGCUCCAAAAUAAUAUUACUUUAGAAAAAUAUAGGAUUAAUUUUGAGCCACCUGGACCAUAUUUUGUAUUCAAGAGAUCUUUGUUGAAAAUUUUCAAUGUGUAUAAGAAGUUGGGAACUUUUGGCUUAUAUAUUUUUCAAAUAAAGAGGUAGUUGUACACAAAUUCUUGAUUACCAAGUAAGGUGUAAGAAAUACAGCGGCUCCGUGUACAUCAGCUCUCACCGUCCUCCCCGUAGAACAGCUUCACAAAGCUCAGUCUGUGCGUAGCACUAUCCGUUGCAUGACCAUGGAUGGACUCCAGCAAGUUAAGCAGCUUUAUCUCUAGGCCUUCCAUAUGGGAGCCAAUAAAUUGCCAGUUUUGCAAGUCAGUUUGAGUGGAUUUUCUAUCCCUUGCAAUAUUAGUCAUUCUAACUUAAGUCUCUCAAAGUAAAUACCCAGGUUGCUUUUUUGGAGGGAAUUUGAACAUGCAGCAAAACACUGAUUUUUAUAAUGUCUCACAAUAGACCAUUUGGUUUGGGGUCACUUCCAAACUGAAACCUAAACUUCCAUGAAUAAAAACGCAUUUGAUCCUCAAAAACUUUAGAUUCCCUGCCCAAUUCAGAAACCGUAUUUGCAGCAUAUCAAAGGAUAAAUAGUCUUCAUGUAUAUAGAUCUUUAUAAAUUACUGCUACAUUCUUUUUAUGAUGGAGGAAGAAUUACAUUUUAAUUUUAACAGGUUUGUUGUUUUUAAAGAUGGGCUUAAACAGCACGUGUAAUCUUGGUAAUGAUUGCCCCCAGAGUGCUCAUGGCCGUGGCCUAGGCCAAUUCACUGCACCUUCUCAGGCCAAAGAAAGUGUAUGUUCUGCCCUCCUUGACUGAGGGGCCGAGUUUUAGGUCCUCUGUGCAAUGUGCCCCCUGGCCCUCUGUCGUGUUGUACUACUCGCUAGGACGUCCUAGUCUAGUGUGGUGACCAGCUUGGAAAGCCGCAUGUUUCCUUGGCCUGGGCUGGGUUCACGGUGUAUUACUACAUAGAAAGCAGUAGUUCUAAUAAUAAAUGAUGAGUGUCUAAAUAAGACUGACCAUUCUGUUUCUUUUUUAAACCUGUUGUGCUCAAAAUUCUGUCCCACUGAUUGAGGUUCCUCUCUCGUUCCUAAAACUGCGCAGUUUGAGGAUGGCCCCAACUCUGCUGAAAGAAGCAAUCUGUAUGACCAUGGAUGGACGCCAGCAAGUUAAGCAGCUUUAUCUGUAGACCUUCUCUACAGAAGCCAAUAAAUUGCCCAUUUUGCAAGUCA